AUGGUCUACUACUACAAGUCGGCCGUGGUUGACCCGCCCGGCUUCAUCUACGUCGGCAAGGAUAAAUUCGAGAACGAAGAUCUCAUCAAGUUCGGCUGGGACCAAGAUGUCUGGGUACGACGACGCACAAACCUGACUUUGCUCUCCGCCGCACAUAUCUACCUGCGGAUGAGCGACGACCAAAAAUGGGACUCCCUCCCCGAGGAGCUCGUCAUGGACCUCGCCCAGCUCACCAAGGCCAACUCCAUCGAAGGCAACAAAAAAGACCAAAUCACCGUCAUCUACACGCCAUGGUCCAAUCUCAAAAAGGACGGCUCCAUGGACGUCGGCCAAGUAUCUUUCAAGAACCCGCGCCUCGUCAAGCGCAUCAUCGUCCCCGCGCGCGAGAACCCCAUCGUCAACCGCCUCAACAAGACCAAGACGGAAGUCAAGCAGCCGGACCUCAAACAGGAAAAAGACGACCGGGACAAGGAACUCCGUCGCAAGGCCAACGCCGCUCUCCAAAACAAGAAAAAGGAAGAGGCGCGACAGGCGCAGGAGUGGAAGGAGAAGAAGUGGCAAAAGGACCAUGCGUAUGAUGACUUGUUUACAGAGGAGAACAUGGAUAUGCAGAGCAACCAGAACCGAACGGCGGACUGGGAGGAUGACUUUAUGUAG